AUGGAUUCGCCAGCCAUGUCAAAGGAAGAUGCGGGCCCUCAUUUCUCAAAAAGAGAGCUCGCAGCAGAUGCCCAGGAGGCGAACACGACGGAUCGUGAGCUAAGCAUUCUUCAAGCCAUGAAGCUCUAUCCCAAGGCCGUCGCGUGGAGUAUGAUUGUAUCAGCUGCCUCAAUCAUGGAUGGGUAUGAUUAUCACGUCAUCAGCUCCCUCUUCGCACAGCCAGCCUUUCAAAAAGCCUAUGGCGAACUGCAACAGAACGGCAGCUACCAGAUUACUGCCCCUUGGCAAUCAGGACUGAACAACGGUUCAUCUGUCGGAUGCUUGUUAGGCCUUUACUUGGCCGGGCAUCUGACAGAUAAGUUCGGUUUUCGUAAAACCAUCAUGUUUACCUUGUUCCUCACAUUUUGCUUUAUUUUCAUCCAGUUUUUCGCAAACAGUCUAGUCUUGCUUCAGGUCGGACAAAUCUUGCUAGGUAUACCACUUGCGGUUUUUCAAACCAUUACUUGCGUCUACGCCGCAGAGGUCGCACCGACAUCUCUUCGAGCCUUCUUGACAAGCUACGUCAGCCAGAUGUGGGUUAUUGGGCAGAUCCUUGUUACUUGCGUAAUUCGGGGUGUUCUUCAUAUGAAGGCCCCCUGGGCAUACCGUAUUCCCUUCGCCAUUCAGUGGUUCUGGCCGAUUCCCAUCUUGGUUGCUGUGCUGCUUGCUCCAGAGUCCCCUUGGUGGCUUAUCCGACAGAAUCGCAUUGAGGAUGCAAAGAAGGCCCUCAGGCGCUUGACAUCUGGAGAAUACGCCAGCGAUUCGCAUAUCGAUAAGACUGUGGCUCUAAUGGUGGCAACAACAGAGCAUGAACGCCGAAUAAAUUCUAGCACCAGUUAUAUUGCUUGCUUCAAGGGCACUGAUUUUCGGCGCACAAUGCUCGUUGUUUUCCUGUUCUGCAUGCAGAUCAUUGGCGGUACAACCCUUCGGGCAUAUGCGACCUACUUUUUUGAGCAAGCUGGUCUACCUACAGAGCAGGCGUUCAACAUGUCCAUCAUAACUUAUGUACUAAGUUUUGUGGGGACGGUACUUUCGGUUCUUCUGAAGUGGUUUCUAAUGCCUUACAUUGGGCGGCGAACGCUCUUUCUCUGGGGCCUUUACGUGAAUACUGCUAUUUACUUCGUUAUUGGCGGGCUGGGUGUUCACAACAGCAACAGUGAUUUCUCGUGGGGAAUUGCUUCUCUCCUCGUGAUCAAUGGCUUCGUUUGUUACGUUUGCAUGAUACCCAUUAUCUUUGCGCUUGUUCCAGAGAUUCCGUCAACUUUACUCCGAAGCAAGUCAGUUCCAAUCGGCCGCGCUGUCUAUACGGUGAUCAACAUCGCUGCUAGCGUUCUGACAUCAUAUCAAAUCAACCCUACUGCGUGGGGAUGGGGUGCCAAGUCGGGAUUUUUCUGGGGAGUCUCUUCUGUAUGCGGGAUUCUGAUUACAUAUUUCAUUCUGCCAGAGACCAAGGACAGAACAGUCACAGAUAUUGACCUUUUGUUCCAAAAGAAGAUAUCGGCAAGAAAAUUCGCAAGGACCAAGGUCGAUGCAUCAGAAGUGGCUACAGGGCUGCAUUGA